AUGCGUCUAUCAGGCCUGCAGAAGGAAGUGCUGGCGCUGUAUCGCCAGUGCCUUCGCGAAUGCAGAAAGAAGCCUCAGGGACAAAAGAACACCCGCGCUCACUUUGAAAAGUUUGUGAGGGACGAAUUCGCACGCAACAUUGCCGUCGAAAAGCGCGACUUUGCGGCCAUUGAGUUCCUGCUCCGCAAAGGCCAUCGGCAGCUCGACGUCUACUCUUCACCUGGUAUCAAGGAUAUCAGGCAGCGCCCAAAAUCUCGUGUCAUUAUUCUUUCAAAGCGUUCGAGCCGGGCGCAUACGCCGAUUCGAAAGGCCUCUCCCCCUAUGACAUCUCCUGGAUCAGUAUAUAGCAGUGAUACUGGGCCGGUUUCUGAGCAGCCCUAUACUGAAAUGCCACCCAAAGAGACGCAUAAAUCGCCUCCAGACGUUGGUCGCCGCGACCAGCCCUACAUUCGCUCUGCCUAUGAUGUGGGAACCGCCUUCCGAGGCGUCAGUAUGAAAUCUCUCGACGGAGCAUCUUCUCUCGACCAAUCCUGGGUUCCAUCUGAACCAUCAGUUGAUUUGGAUUCAUUCCCAUUGCCUCCGCCAAAGAACCCUCCGCAGCAGUCUGAAUACAGCGUCAAUCCUUUGAGUAUUGCUGCGAAGCCAUCACGAAGCCAUGCAUCCACGCUUCAAAACCCCGGGACAUCCACAUGCUUUGCAAGGGCCGGCUUUUCGCCCCCUCCAGUUAGACGGAAGGCUCACAUGCGCAUGCAUAGAAGCCCUCGUUCGUCACAUGGCUUGCUUCUUGAUGGCGUGGCUGAUUUUGCGAGCGCGUCGAAGCAUACGUCCAUCGACUCUGCUCUUGUGGAAGCCAUCUCGCGAAGCGUGUGCCAGCAACUGCGACUCUUUUCAGCCAGAUCAAAGAAUAACCAGGAAAGAAGCUUCUCACGGCCAUUCAGAGAGGCAUCACACAGCCAACAGUCAGAUCAGUCAGACAAGUUCGCAGGACGACAUGGACAAUCCCGGCGGACUAAGCAUUUGUGGCAGCAAACGAAUCCACCAGCAACACCAACAAAGUCUAAUAUAUCGUUACGUACAGUAUCCCCAUUGAUGCCCUUUCGUCCAGAGUUUAAGGCAGCAGGAUUAGCAGUGACAUCAAAGGACCAGAAGCGUGGCUUUCCCGCCUAUAUUGCAAGACUCAUGUCAACAAGAUCAACCCAGAAACGUGCCAACCGCUCCGGUAGCAAGCACCACGCAAAAGUGCCAAAAUUCGAUGGUUUCGAAGAAGAGGACUCCAGCGGGAGCUCAAUGAGCCAGAUCUCAUUUGCCCCUUCACAAGACAUGGAUGAGUGGAGGGACUCGCCUCCAACGCCUCCUCCUAAGCCCACGCCACUUGUAAUCCCUCGACGAAGUGACCGGGAGAACAGAACUCGCCCCAGAGCCGAUUCAAGCCCACGAAGCCCACGCCAGAAAAGUUUUGGGGCCCGAGAUGCGUUUAACUCACAGUCAAGACAGCCGACAAAGCCGACGGCCCAUUGUCACGGCGGGUGUUACGACGGCGAACCAUGUUCAAAGGAGCAGAUUCGUAUGCAGCCGCGAGCCAAGAGGGCGCAGACAACCCAAAAUCCCCCUACUCGUCAUUUGAAUUCACGAGAGGACCAGACAACCCGACGACCGUAUCAAAGUCUCCCUACUCAGAGAUUCAACAGAGGGCUAUCAGAAGGAACUCGGUUCAAAACAGAUAUCAAGUCAAGCCAGCCUCGCCCAAGUUUUGAUCCUGAUCAUGUUGGAGUAUGCUGCAGAAGCGGUCGCGGCGCCACAUCUCAAGCGAAUGCCCCUCCUAAUAUUCCCACAAGAACGUCUUCAAUCCGAGAGAGCGCUUCAGCCUCGGAAGAUGACCUCGAAGGCGAUGACGGCGAUAUCGUUGAUCGAGAUGUGCUUCGGGGUUUGCAUAUUGUAGCAUCGGCAGCUUGUGACGAAGAAGUAGAUGCCUUCGUGCGUAACAGAACGGGUCUGCGGCUGCGGCGAUUUCUGGCAGACUUGAAGGUGCUGGAGACGCUUCGCGAUAUCCAACCCGUCGAGGGUCUUGGUCCUGGCGCGAGGCGGAGGAGGUCAAACAUGAGGCAAUUGAAGCGGCAGGUUCGUCGGUUUCGGGACGCAAGAGAAAGUGUGAUGGCUGCUUAA